AUGUCGACCGAACACCUCAUGGGCGAGUUUGGAGGCGUGUUGGACGCUUUGAUGGCUCCGGCAGAAGCGCCCAGACAGGCCGCCGAGACAUACCUACGUGACUUGACAAUCGCUCAACCAGGGGAUGUCUUGCUGCUCCUUGCGCAGAUUGGCGCCCAGGGUGUCGGUGGCUUCCAGCUGGAUCACCGCUUCCUCUGCCUCAUCCUCCUCAAUCGACUCGCCUUCCGAACGCUCCCAGGUCUGUACCUCAACUCGACAGCUGGAAUCCCCUCCUCGCCAUUCGAUGUCAUCCCAGAACGGACGCGAGGGCGGAUAGAGACGGUGCUCUGCGCGGGACUGAAGGAUGAGAUGAAUGUGCGAAUGCGAAAAGGGCUGGGAACGUGUUGUGCGGGCUGGGCAGAGGAGUCAUCACGGCGUCAACGACCUGUACUACCGCUCCCACCGGUGCUCAUUGAGCUGACAGCCCGAAAAGAGUCGUUCCACCGCUUCACGCCAUAUCAGGUCAUGACGCUCUUCCCGACGCUUCUGAGCGAUUCGAUGACUUCGCCAUUACCGGCGGCGCAGUUCGCCCAGAUCCUGUUGGCGGGACUACACGAUGGGAGCGUGGACGUGCAGAUAGAGGCAUUCAAGGCGGUCGAAGCGGUCUUGUCGAGAGGUAUGACUAUUUCAGAGCGGAAAGAAGUCGGACCAGUGCUAGUCAAGGAAGCCCUUACAAUCCUCGAAAGAAUCCCCCGCGAUCUCCUCCACCUAGCUCUCCAACCCCUUGUGGACCUAGCAUGGGACCAUACCGUCCUCCUCCGACCUUCUACAGACCACCUCCUCCGGUUCAUGCCCGCCCUCAUCGCACCCCCUAAAUUUAAGGAUCACGCGUGGACCGCGUACCCCUUACCGCAGACGGCCGAGGAUGGCGGAGAGGAAUGGCUGGAAUAUGCCAAUCCCGCACAAGAGAUUUUGCUGGCGUUUGCGAAUGCGUACCCGUCGGCAGUGCGGGAUUGGGAUGCGGGCAGGCUAGUGCAGGAUUUGGUACCCAUGUUUGUGGGCAGGCUGGCGGCGGAGCUGGUCUGGGAGGGGGAAGAUCAGAGUGACUGGCUCAAGGAGGAAGAUGUCGAGAUUGGCGAGUACGAAGCGUCCAGCCCGCAGGAUGGGAUACAGCGACUUGCAUUCUCACUGGCCGAUCCUGCGAUCUUUGAGGCGAUGUUGGAACAGCUCAAAUUGGCAAUGAGCGCGGAGCCUAGCGAGUGGCAAGUGACAUGUGCGGGGUUGAUGUGCUUUGCGGCUGUUCUUGUCGAAUCGCCCUCGCCCAUACGAGAUAGACUGCAUGAGAUCAUCACAUUGAUAGCGAAGUGCGCUAGCCAUCCGCACUUCCGAGUGCGGUAUGCCUUCCUGCACUGUAUCGGCGAGAUCUGCCACACCGCCCGGACAGCAGUGACUUUCGGGAGCGAGCUCAUCGACCUCUGCCUGACCAAUCUCUCAGAUCCUAUCGAGCGCGUUCGAGCGCAAGCGACCACAACCCUGACAGAUAUCAUAUCGACUACGCCGGAUACUGGACCCGAGCCAUCGCCAUUUAACCUCCGCCAGAUCGUCGAGGCGCUGUGCAAUGCCUAUAAUGCCAGUCAGCCUUUUGUUAAAGAACGGAUAUUGGCGAGUCUGAGUGAUCUGGAGACGCGCGUGGUGGGGGAUGUGGACUUCGUUCGUGCAUUAGCGGAGUUCUAUCAUCGGAUUCUGCAGCAGAGCGGGGCACCGGCGAUGCGAAAGGUUGUUGGCCGGGCUAUCGAGUGCUCGACGGUGCCUAUGUUCGUCAAAGCACAGUACAAGCAUCCGGAACUAGGCCAGAAUCUCGUCAAACUAGCAGAGCUACUACUUCGUCAUCAGAACGAUAUCACGACAGACGACGACCCGCGAUCGAGAUACAUCAUCGAUGGCUGGAUGUCGUUCGCCAAAGCUAUCAAAAGCGACUUUGCCCCCUUCCUCCCUUUUGCCGUACCGCACGCCCUCAAACUCGCCUCUUACAACCCAGCCCGUUUUGCCCCGCGCCAGCAAGCCUCCUCGCUCACGGAAGAUACACCGGACGUCGAGGAAGAGCUGGAUGAUUGGGGAGAUAUACCUGAUUUGUACGAUAAAGCGGGAGCGAUGACCGCUUUGGCGACGUUUGGGUCAGAAUGCGGGAAGGCGAUGGUCGGGUGGGUAGGGGAGGGGAUGGGAUUGGGUGUGCAGGGUCUAGGAAGUCCGAGUCGGGGUGUCAGAUCGGCAUCUUGUGCGCUGAUACCGUCCAUGCUGUACGUGCAUAAAGAGGGCUCAAUACCGAUCGACGUCGAAUCCCUCCUCGUCACUUUACUCUCACAUACGACUCGCCAAGAAAAAGACGAAGAUACCGACUGGGACCAGCUCGCCAACCACAUUAAAUCCUUCACCGACUGUAUCCGCGUCAUUUCGAUCCCGCUCCCUCCACCCAUUCUUGACGCGUUUCUCGCGCUCCUCAGUCGGGUCGUCGGGUCCGUCGCGGAAUGUAUGGAGGUGCGGCGGGCGAUGGCGGAGGAAGAGGGUGUAGAGGAUGAGGAGGAGGAAGAGAGGGAGGUAUGGGAGUGGAAUGCGCUGUUGACAAGGGUGGAGGAGGCGCUGGAGGUUGUGUUGGAGCUGGAGAAGACGGUGGAGGGGGGGAUGAAGAGGCUGGAGGGGAUGGAAGAGCGGUGGCGGGCGGUCUUGGAGGGGUUGAAGAGGUUAAAGGCGGCGCUUGAUGCUAGGGCAUAG